GCCUCUGUAUACGUAGACGAUUGGGGCUUUCUGAUCGGACCGUCCCGACCGGACCGUCCCGUGUGGCAGCAAUGCGGGCCUAUAAAUUCCAAAUUUCUGAACGUAAAUUCUUAUUUCCAGCAUCCACCGCCCCAACCAAGGUCCGAAGUUCCGAACGUCUCCUUCCCAGCAUCCAUCCGAGCUGGCCCCGUCGUUAGAGUGCAGCUCAAGGCAAAGAGCAAGAUCGCCGAGCUGUCUCCUGUGCGUCCUGACUUGCUGCACCGUCCUCUGUGGGUGGUGCCUGUGCGGCCGGGACCUGUUCUUCUGUGGCUGGAGCCAUGGUUGAUUGCUUAGUCUUGGCCCUUGCAGAUGCACAAAUUGGAGCAAGCCGCAACAAGCAUUCUCUCCAGUCUCAGCGUCACAUCUGACUAGCUUCGCUUUUCACCAUAGAAUACUCUGACACUGCCGGCCUAAUCUGCCAGGGUGGAAGCCGGCUUCCAGCAAUUUGAGCUGGUUAGGUGGUGGAGGGCAGCUCCACAGCCUUGGGCAUCAGCAACUGUGCGCAGCCUGCUUGGGGGCCGUGUCAAAACACCUUUCAAAAUGCAACCGGUUCUCCGCAAUUUUCGCCAGGGGCCAGCCCCCCCUUUCCCCAGCCCACCAGGGGGGUCAUAUAGAGUGUAAAACUGCCCCCCCUGAGUGGCCAAACCAGCUACCACACCCCCCCCCGGGGGGGUCGGCCCGUGCGGAGAACCGGUUGUCACUGGAAAUGUGUUUUGACACCGCCCCUUGAUCUGGGGUCGACACCAGCAUCGAACCGGACAUUGAGCUGCCAAAGUUGAGCUCCAGUACACUAGCUCCAAGCCGUCGGCAUUAUAGGAGCAGCGCCAUCAAAAUAGCCGGCAGAGAGCACCACCAUUGAAGCCGCAAUUACGAGCUGCGAGCAAUGGCUUCCAACCUGCAUUUCCACUGGGAAAGCGGCUCAUCUGCUUCUGAAGAAACCGAAGGCGAGGACAUUGAAGGUGUUGAGUACGCUGAUCGGCCUGUUGACGGGUCCAAGUCUGGACGUUCUUUAGAGGAUUUCUUGAAUGAUAGAGACUCCGCAAGCAUCCAAGGCCCGAACUUCUACCGGGCUCUCACAAAUGAAAACAGUCUCAGCCCAGCUCAACUGCCGAAACGUCUUGAGAAGAGCAAGAAGAUCCGCCCUCCGGGGUUUUCACCUACCUCUCCGUUCCCUUGGACCUCUGGCAGCGCUUUCAAGAAGGGGUUUAGCACACCACCACCGUGCAUACGCAAGGUGGCUCCGUCUUGCCGCCCCUUGGUUGAGCAGCAUCACGGUGGUGUGGGCAAGUUGUCAAACGAAGCUUCACUCAAAGAGGACCUUGGCCCCAUGAUAUUGACAGGGCCAGCGCUUGACAGGAAGCGUCGCCGCAUCAUCUUCUCGCAAGACUCUGAGAAAGAGCAUCUGCUGUCCCCACGACUGCUUCCAGAGGAAGUGGGCCCUCAAGACGGAUUCGCAGCGCGUGCUCUCGGAUGCAGCCAGGAGCAGACAGGUGUCGACGAGCAAGGCCAGGUACAUCAAUUGCUCGACUGUGCAUAGUACUUAUUAAGUUUUUAGUAGGGUCGUGAAGUUCAGGUUAAUGGCAACGGUUGCUUCAAAUGUCGGAUGCUUGUUCCUGAAGAAUGAUACACUCACUAACGGAGUGACGCAAUCAAAUCUUUUCGAUCGACUUUCAGCUUCUAAGUAGCUUCCGAUGCAGGAUUCGGGAGUUCUCAGUAAUAUUCAGACUCCGCAGUAUCAGAUAUGAAUCAGACUGUGUCCGAAGCUCCGAGUCAAUGAAUCGUGAUGACUAACUAGUAUGAAGCCUUAUGCAAGUGGGCCGCCCUUCGGCCAUGCCUUAUGCAAGCGGCGAAUUAUAUUUGGA